AUGCCGGCGGGCAAGGCCGAGACGGAUGUUACCCUCCAGGCUACAGAGGUAGGGAAGUCUCUGGCCAGAGACGAGUCUGAGGAUGGCACUGAUGGCACCGCGGCAUCGGACCAGGUUUCUGAAGCAGAUGUCGCCAUUCAGCCCGGCGGGCCCGCACCGCUGCAAGAUGGAGUUCGCCAAGCACUUGUAGGUACCCUGACAAGCCUGCAGCCGGUACGACCGGAUCUGGUGCGGGGGACCCCUGCGUAUGUGCCGCUGCGAAGAGGCGGGCGCAUUCUCCGGGGCUUCGGUGUCGAGGACAAGGAAAGGUUGCACACCUUCAGCUUCUCCACCGAGAAGAUUGCGCAAUUCUGGAGCCACAGCUGGCAUGGCACAACGUUGUCAAAGGUGCUGAUGCUUCUUGUCCUGAACAACGGCAUUCCAAGCAUCUGCAUGGGCACCCUCGGGGGCAUCCUGGUUGUGUUGCUCUGGUGGACCGUUGGCCCAUCGCAGGAUCCAGCAGACCCUUUGGAGCUCAUGCUUUGCACCGCUCUCUUCUCGGUGUUUUGCUGUGGUGUGACCUUGUUCUUCUGGCGCCCGCGUCACACAGUGUUCUUGGAUCAGAUCUGCAUCCACCAAGCAGACGUGGCCAGAAAAACUGCGGGGUUGAUCAGCAUGCCGGCCAUUCUCAAGUCCUGCGGCUCCAUUGUGGUUUGUUGGGAUUCAAGCUACAUGCAAAGGGCAUGGUGUGUUUUCGAGAUGGCUGCCUUCAUCAAAGCGCAUGAAGGCGAUGCCAAGCUGCUGAUCCGACCUACCUUCCAGGGACCCUGCAGCGUUGCCUUCCACGUAGGGGUGGCAGGUGUUCUUGUGGUGAACCUCUCUACAUUCUAUUUUGCGAACACCUUGGACAUCUCCACAAACUCCAUGCUGAGAUUGGCCCUCAUACUGCUGUCGAUAACUAGUUUCAUGUUUGCAGCGGUGGCUUCCUUUCGCAGGUACUACCUGUCAGUUCAGGAGAUGCAGCUUCAAUUGAGGAGCUUUGCCAUUGAGGAUACCUUGACGCAUUGCUGCAGCCAGGAUCACAAGGAUGCAUCGGGAAAUCCGAUUCCGAUCUGCGACAAGCAAAUAAUCAUUGACUGCAUCGUCAAUUGGUUCGGCUCGACGGACGCCUUCAAUCAAAGGGUGCGGGAGAGAAUGGUGGUUGCCCUUCUGCCGCAGUUGGGCCACUUCUCGUUCUCGUACUCUUGGAUGGUGGCUUGCUCCAUUCCAGUUUUGUGGGCUUAUAUGGCCAAGCCCUUUUAUGCUGCAUUCACUGGCGAUUGGUCUUUCGUCACUGACCAGGUCUUGUUCAUCAUCGCUUGGUGGUUGGGGGCCUUUCCCAUCCUAACCAUGUGCGUCCUUGCGCUCUCGAACGUCCUUAGUAGAAAUUACUCGCGGUACUUCAGCUUCCUGGUCAACUUGCUCGCUUCCUGGGUUGUCUUGCCCAUCUACAUAGGAAUAGAGAUGUGGAUUGGCUUGGUGUCUUCCAUGUUUUCGUUCCCGGCAAGUCAGGUGCAAGCUUCCGAAGCCACCUACACGGCGGCCAUCACGGCUUGCGAGCGCGGCGGCGAGUGGGAGCAGGCCCUGGCAGCCUUCGAGACUCUCAGGGGUGAGGCGCGGCUGCUGCCUGGAGCCGCGGUGUCCGCGGCUGCACGUGCGGAGCACUGGGAGGCGGCCAUCCUCCUGUUCGAAGAAGGACUGGCAUCAGCCUUACAGCCGAACCUCAUCUCCUACACCGCGGCCAUUGGCGCCUGUGAAAAGGGCAAGCACUGGGAGCUCGCCCUUGCCUACCUCACUUCGCUUCAAGAUGCCACCCUUGAGGCGAACGAGGUCUCCUACAAUGCUGCCAUCAGUGCUUGCGAGAAGGGUGAGCAAUGGCAGCAGGCCCUGGCACUGUUUGCCGAAGCACGGGUGUCGACUGUGCGCAAGGAUGUCAUCACCUUCAACGCCACUUUGAGUGCCUGCGAGAAGUGCGGGCAGUGGGAACCCGCUCUGGCGCUGCUGCAGGAGGUGGCGCAGGCCCGCCUGGAGAGAGGAACGAUCGCCUACAACGCCGCCCUCAGCGCGUGCGGCCGAGGCGAAGCGUGGGAGCAUGCCGUGGCGCUUUUGGCAGAGCUCCAGGCCAGCCGAGUGAGGGCUUCCGAAGUCACUUGCAAUGCGGCCAUCACCGCCUGCGAACGCGGCGGAGAGUGGCAGCAGGCACUGGCGGCUUUUGCGGCUCUCCAAGUGGAGGCCUUGCAGCCCACGCCUAUUACCUACAGCGCAGCCAUCAGUGCUUGCGAGGUCGGCAAAGAGUGGGCGUGGGCGCUGGUGCUUUUGCGCGAGUUCCAGGUUGCUGGCCUAGAGCUCACCUUGCGGCCGUUCCGCGCUGCCCUGAGCGCCUGCGAAAAGGGCGAGCAGUGGACGCAGGCGCUGGAGCUGCUGUGCCAGCUCGACAAGCUUCAGCUCGCCGGCAAUGUGAUCACAUACAACGCUGCCAUCAGCGCCUGCGGCAAGUGCGGCCGCUGGCGGGUGGCUCUGUCUUUGCUGGAGGAGUUGCGCAGCAGCGAGCUACAGGCGACGGAGGUCACCUACGGCGCAGCGGUGAGUGCCUGCGAGAAAGGGGGCCAGUGGGAGCGAGCUCUCCUGUUGCUCCAGGACCUGGAAGAGGGCCAGUGCCGAGGGAGUGCCAUCACUUACAAUGCGGCCAUCAGCGCAUGCGACCGCUGCGGGCGCUGGGAGCAUGCGGUGCAGAUGAAAGGCCUUCAGGUGCCUUCCACGUUCAUGACAACGGUUUUCAAGAGCCUCCAGUAUGAUGGCGGUGAGCUGCCAAGCUACGAAGACAGGGCCUGUGUCUCUUUUUCUGCCGAGAGCGUCCUAGUCGGACGAUGCCCCCAGCAUGGUGCAGUCUUUGACGGGAACUCCAUCUUGCUACACGUGGGGGGUCUGAAGUAUGUGUUUAUUGGAGUGGUCGUGUUCGCCUUUACGGCGAAGUCACGCAUAACGGCGUAUGUCUCACUUGUGGGAAACAGCGAUGUACCCUACCCCUGGGCGAUUGAUGAGCAGGGAUGGCGCUACCUGAUGAUCGAAUCAGUCAUUCUGAGCAGCAAGCUGUUUGAGAGCAGCGACGGUGACCCCUACGACGUUUACUACAACCGCGCCCAAAUGACGGCAAGCAUGCACACUGUGCCCUGCCGGAAGCCCAAGUUGCAGUUCCAAGGAAUCACAGAGUUCUGGAUCGGAGAGUCGCAGUACAUGCUUACAUAUCGGCCGCACCCAGAAGUUUUCUUUGAGACUCGGGCUGGGCAGGGGGAGUUCUUUGUGGUGAAAGGUGAUCCUGCGAACAAAAUCAAGCUCUCCAAGGACGACUACGUGAAGUUAAUGCACGACUUUGCAGAUGAGAUGGGCUUCGAGACUCUCAAGGCAGAGACCCUGCUUGAGCGGCACGACUGA